UUGAAGGAAGAGGCUACACAAUACUUCAACAAAUGGAGGAAUACCUUCAAUAAGCGCCUUAAUGAUCUGAUUGUCCCUGGCCAGCCUGCUGCCUAUGCUGGACCUUCCCGUCAAGGCCAGGGAGGUCCUCGUAUCGCCUACCCGGUUGACAUGAACAUGAUUCGCCGUUUCCAGCCCGUCGAGACGACUCUGCACAGCUUGACGGUCGACAAGAGACGUCUGCUCACCCACGCCAUCAUUCUCAUGACUCUUUCCACCGAGCAUUACAUCUCGUACUCUCGCCUGUAUUUGUUAUACCUCGCGUCAUCCCUUCACAUCCCCGCGUGGGUGCUCAUCGAGGAGGAGAACCGCGUCGCUGGCGGCCUUGGCAAGAUUUACAAGACCUUGUGGGCUCAGCAGGCCCAGGAAGCCAGACCAUCCAAAGAGCACAAGAAGAAGUGGCGCCCCUCUAUCAACCCGGUCCAGGUCGGAAAGACCCUGCUCGCUGCCGGGCUUGGCAUGAUUGAGGCAGCCCAGGGCAUGCCUACCCUCAGCCUUCCUCCUACGCCUGUUGCCCACUUGAUGGGUCCUCUUGGCGACUGUGAGACGGCUGUCGGUAUGUUCUUUGGCGUCAACCCAAACCGUACACGCGUCUUGACCUUUGAGAGCCUGACCUCGGUCGUCCAAGAUGGGGCCAUCAUCCCGUUACACUCGGCCGACAUGUCUAAGCUUGUAGACCCCAAAGCUAUCGCACCAGAGGACCGCCGUAUGCGGCUUGUCUUCUGUGUCAGCGGUUUUUUGAUGGACAAGGACGACAUAACCACCCCCUGGAAGUGCCUCGGGCAUCACAAUGAGGUCCUGGCGAUCAGCUGGGAGGUCGAUGUCCUGGAAAAAGUUGGAGCUGCCCUCGAUACUCUUCUCAAGAGUAAGGCCUGGCCUGUGUCGGUGGAGGCGAUGGGCGGAAAACCUGCCAUGACCAUGCUGCGCCAGCAGACCUGGCCAGGUGCUCUGAUGAGAGUCAGCAAGAUAGUCGACAAUGCCUGGGUCAUGGCACUUACGAAGUGUUCGAAGCUUCAGCAGAUCCUCUCGGACGCCAUGAUAGGACACAUUCACGGCGAACGAGGAGUCACCUUGAUUGGAUAUGGGCUCGGUGCUCGUGCCAUCUAUCUGUGCCUGUCGCAUCUGAUGGAACGCAGGCUCUACGGUAUGGUCGAUAGUGUUGUCCUCAUGGGAGCGCCCAUUGCGGGAGAUGCCGGUACCUGGAGUGCUCUGAAGGCCGUUGUCUCUGGUCGUCUUGUCAACGUGUACUCGCCUACCGACUAUAUGCUCGCCUUUGCAUCUCGGCAGACCGCUUAUCACUUUGGCGUCGCCGGCCUGCAGCAGAUCCAAGGUGUCGGGGGUGUUGAGAACCACGACGUGAGCGACAUCCUCGGAGCUCACGUGCACUAUACCUCUUUGGUUCCGACUAUCCUCAGACGUAUCGGCUGGGAUGACCUCAAGGAUGAU